GGACUGCAAAAUUUUGGGCGGGGAAGGUGGGACAAUAGAAGCAAGGACAAGCAAGGACAAGCGGGAAGAGAGGCGGGAUGUGCGGAAGCACCCGGGUGCGGGAUCAUCCCCUAUUGAACGAGGGACCCACGCAGGCGCUCGGGUAGCUUUCCCUCUGAUCUUCUUCUCGCUUCUGAUCGGGUUGUUUGAUUGGUUAAAAUCUGGUUGGUCUCGUGAUUGAUUGGUCUGGUGAUUGACAACGUGGAGCGGUUGAUGAUCUACAGCUGCUGGGAGGAGUGGAGAGGGCUGCUGCGGUCUCGUGAUUGAUUUGUGAGUCAAUUCGACGUUGUUCUGGCAGAGAAAAGUGACGUAAACCUCUGGAGCCUCGCCAUGUGUGUUUCGCACUGAUCGGCAAUCGGCAACUGGAGCACGAAUGCUUCGGAAGGCACCAUCCAUCGCUACGAUCCUGUCCACAUACAUGGUCCCUAUUCAGCCAUCAUUGUAACGGUAUCAUAUAUAUCCAUCACCAUCAUCCUGAUCAUCAACAACGACAACGGGGGCAGCCGGAUUGGGACAUUGUCAUGCCUACCGGUAGUGGCACGGGUUCGGCACGGGUUGCGUGUUUGGGCCCCCUCCUCCUCCUCCUCCUCCUCCUUGCUGUCAUAACCAUUGAUCGAAGCGGGGAUGGGGACGAUGGCGUUUCAGCACAGAUGUAAGAAUCAACGGCUGGCGUCCGCUUGCGACCGCCCAUCGUCACCUAGUAGGUGUCGUUCGAUUGUGCAGCUUCUCCUUGUCCUCCUCUGUCAGGUCUUUCUCCUCCAGCAUCGCGAUUCUUCGCGGUAUGUUUGGCGAUGGGGGGUGCAUCCGGGCAAUUUCCAGGAGUCGGGUUAAAAGAAAGGGGGGGUGGGUCAAAAGAAGAAAGGGGGGUGGUAGAAAUCGGGUGAGGUAAGAAGAAGAUUAGUCAAUAGGAGCCAGAGCGACGUAGUCCUCCUCCUACUGCUCCUGGUCGUCCUGCCAUGACGAUGGAGAGGACGGCGAGCAUGGGCAAGCCCCCUCGGCCGCCGAUGGGGCCCCCGAUGGCGGCGGGAUCGGCGACGUCGUCGCCGGCUUCGACGACGGGGACAGGAGGAACGACUCCGGGCGGAGGCGGAGGAGGGGGAGGUUCGAGCGAGCCUCGCAAGCAGCAGCAGCAGCUCCGACUGACGAACCUAGAUGCGGCGGAGAGCGCCGCUGCUGUUGACGCUAUGAGAGCAGCGCUCACCGCCAGCAAACUCGCUGCCAUAGCCGGCAACGAGUCUCCCGUCACCCCCUACUUCUCCCGGACGAUGUCGGAGAGCAGCGACGACCUCUUCGAAAUCUCGAUAACCAGGGAUGACGCCUGGGAUGCAAUGAGGUUCCCGGAAGAUGGUUACAGCACCAGUUUCAGUGUGGGAGAGAUGUUCCCAUUCACAGGGUUAGGAGAAGUGCCACUGGUCUUCGACAAGCGACCGGUCGGGCAUGGCGGAUCAGGCGGUGGGGGAGUGGGAGAGGACGCGGAUAUGGAGGAGGAUAUGAAAGCCAAGCUUCGUGGAGAACACCCGGAGUCUUCCGGCCCGGUAUCGCCGAGGGACAGGGCUUCGUUGGCGGCCUUGUCCAAGUGCUUCCCUGUCAUUAAGCACUCGGUAAUGGACGGCAGGAUACAGAAAUCCAAAGGUGGGUUUAAGAAUUUGAAAAGGCAGACAUCGGCUUCCAGUUUCAAUUCCGACUUGUCGUACAGGCACACGCCCGGGUCGCCUAUCAAUGGAAUCGUUGAGAAGGCGCCCGUGUUGAUGGAUGUGGAGAGAGGAGAGAAGGGUGUGAUGGUGGUUGGGAGUGUGGGAGGGGCGGGGGCUCUCGGGGUACGCGGCAGAGGCUCAGGAUUUGCCAAAGGUAGAGGAAAAAACCGAAGGAGCGGGAGCCUGUCAUCGGGCUAUCAAGAGCAAUUGCCGGAGCAUUUCGGUGUGUCUGACUGCAUGCUGGGUCUCGCCAUCUUCAUGACAAUGAGUUGCCUUUGCAUGGCCAUCGCCGAUGUCUUGCUGGAGGUGCUUCGGAUAAAGGGUCAGUUUGAUCACUUGAAAGACGACAAUCGCCGAGAGUUUCUUAUACUCAAUCUGCUGUCGGCUCUAGUGGCUUAUCAUUCUUUAUUGGGGAUUCGACAAUGCAAAUUUGAUGCAGCGAAGAAUGCUCUACAGGUCGCAUGGUUGGUGGAUGUCGCGCUGUUGGUUGGCGAUGUUGCGUUCAUCGUUAAGAACACAAAACCGGAUGCGACCAUUGCACGGCUCGAGCUGUAUCUUUUUGGAGGGCUCACAUUUAUCAAUUUUCUUAUUGCAACUUACCUGUACAUAAGGCUCAGUGCAAGGGGCCAUAAGUCUGGUGGGUCUAGCGAUGGCGUGCGGCAGGGCACUUCAUCUGGAGCUGGGUGUGCAGGAGCCAUCGUGCCAGUAGGCAGUCGUGGUUCACGAUCUGAGGCGGUGGAGGCGAGGUUAGAAACCCCUCUUUGGUUGAGGGAUAAGGAGCGGACAAUAGAGCCAGUGGCUGCGUAAAAAUUGUGGGUCAACGCACGGCUCUGUGGGCCCGGCGUGGGGGUUUAUUGCCGACGUCUUGUCAACGUCAUUUCAAGAGAUUCGAUUGUUCUGUAAGUAUCUUUGCCUCUUGGUAAACAGUAAUUGCUGGUUGCUGUAAUUUGUGUGUUCGCGACGUGCCGUAAAAAGCUGUGUACCAGAUUGGUGCAAGUCGGGGAGGGCUGUGUAAAGAUGCUGCUAUGUAAUCAGCAGUGGAGUUUCGUAGAUACGUAGGCAGGUUAAGAAAGUAGAGUGAAAAGUAGGUAGGAUGAAUAGGUCUGCGACUUGGAGUUUGCAUUGGUUGUUAAAGCACUUGAUAAGUGGGAGGGAGAGAGAGACGGUGGCUGUCCCACGCGGAGGAACAGAUAGGCGAGGAAGUACACUGCGGAAGGGAAGAAGCGAAACCGAAGAUUGGGAGAGAGGAAGAUCCUGGAGGGAGGGAGCGAGGGAGGGAGGGAGGGAGGGAGGGAGAGGUAUAACAGAGAUCUGGUGUUAAAUACUGGAAGAGAGGUGGUGGUUUUGGUUGUUUUUUUUUUAAUCGGUACCUCCGGGCAAUGGAGUUGCAUGGGGGGCGCUUUCAGGUGACCUGUGUUAUAAUGUCCCGCUCGAGUCUUUAGCGAGAGGCGCUUUCUUGGUGUGGCUUGAGUGCUUCACCGAGGUCUUCGAUGUAGGUGCCUGUAGUGUGGUGGCAGCAUUGUUCCGUCGGCUAUCUUGCCGGUGCCCUGUUGGUCAAUCGCGGGGAAUAUGUAGGCAGUGUUCUUGGGAUCGAAGGGAUGGGGUCCAUUCUGCCCAGGUGAUGAGUGCACUGGGCUUCUUGGCUGCUGAGUGACCUGCACAGAGGUGGGGAUGGGCACACACUCACCUCUCUGCAUAUAGCGGAACAGGUAGCGAGCCGUGCUGACCCUCUGGUGAGCCAGCUAGUCUAAAAGGAACCAUGGAAAAACGGGGUUCGGUUGGGGGAUUGUUCCCCUUGUUUGGAGGGUAGAGAAAGCCCGGGCCUGAGACAGUCGGUGCUGGGCUCUAGGGAGUCUGGGUCUUCAGGUUUUGGCCUGGGGUAGGUCGCAUGGAGCUGCAGAUCUUUGAGCUCUCUCUCUGCAAGCAAGGUAAUGCGACAAAUUUGUCUGAUGAAGCUCUUGCUUAGUCACCGUGGUUUCACUGCCGAACUUCAUUCAUUUGGUGGGCAAAUGAGGGGAGAGGGGAAAUUGACUGGGUGAGUUCUUUCGGAAUGGCAAUAAGAAUUUCGGAGUGAUUGCGAUACAGCAAAGUGAACUGAGGUCAUGUUCUGUAGGUCUUUUGUCUCUCUGUCACUCUCUCUCUCUCUCUCUCUCUCUGUCUCUCUCUCACACACACACACACACACACUCUCUCUCUCUCUCUCACACACACACACACACACACACACACACACACACACACACACACACACACACACACACUCUCCAUCCUUUUAUGACUCUAUCUAUAUACAUAUCUAAUUUGUGCAAGUGAUGGCAGAUGGGUGUGUGGGCAGUUGGCGCAUAAACAAACGUGGCCAACCUUG